UGCAAUUCUGAGCUCUGGGCGAACGCGCCGGAGGCGCGCCUGCUCCAGCUCUCUUCCUCCCUGGGGCUGCCCGACUGGCUUCUGAGCAGCGGUCACUCCCCGGGGCCACUGCAAGCGACCAGCUUAGCCAAGCACAGCACAGCUCCUGGCUGGAGGUGGAAGGUCAGGGGAGGAGCCGCCCGGUGCUGCGUCCCGGAGCCGCGGCGUGCUCGGGCCCUCGCGGCCACCGCCCAGCCCGCAGCUUCAGGGUCUGGUGCAAAGUGCCGUGUCAUUGGAAAGGCUGCUGGCGGGGCGUUGGAUUACAGGUCCGUGGAGCUGGAGCGGGACUGCGGGGGUGGGACGUGGACAGAAGCCCCUGUGCUCCUCGCUCUCCGGCGGGGGUGAGGCAGUCGGAGGCGGGGUUCUAGUCUGCGGCCACCUGAACUAGCUGUCCUCCUCAGAACAGCACCUGCCGGCCGGCAGCCGUUCAUCCAGGCCCACCUCGCUCUGAGGGACCUCGACCCUGCCUCUCCUGCUUCGCCAUGCUGCGAGUCUUCAUCCUCUUCGCGGAGAACGUCCACACCCCGGACUCCGACAUCAGCGAUGCCUACUGCUCCGCGGUGUUUGCAGGGGUGAAGAAAAGAACCAAAGUCAUCAAGAACAGUGUGAACCCCGUCUGGAAUGAGGGUUUUGAGUGGGACCUCAAAGGCAUCCCUCUAGACCAGGGCUCAGAACUUCACGUGGUGGUUAAGGACCAUGAGACCAUGGGGAGAAACAGGUUCCUGGGGGAAGCCAAGAUCCCCCUGCAGCAGGUCCUUGCGACCCCCAGCCUGUCUGCCAGCUUCAACGCACCUCUGCUGGACGCCAAGCAGCAACCCACAGGGGCCUCUCUGGUACUGCAGGUGUCCUACACGCCACCCCCGGGAGCUGUGCCCUUGUUCCCACCGCCCACUUCUCUGGCGCCCUCCCCCACGCUGCCCGACAUGGACCUGGUAGCUGAUACAGGCGGGGAGGAAGACACUGAGGACCAGGGCCUGACUGGAGAUGAAGCCGAGCCGCUCCUGGAUCAGAUCAGUGCUGUGGGCCCAGGGGGACCAACCACUCCCAAGAAGCCGCCGUCCCACCCUCCUCCCCACCACCCAGGGGGUAAAAGGAAAAGAAGCUCAGCCCCGCCUAGAAAGCUGCUGUCAGACAAGCCACAGGACUUCCAGAUUAGAGUCCAGGUGAUAGAGGGACGACAGCUGCCGGGGGUGAACAUCAAGCCUGUGGUCAAGGUCACGGCUGCAGGGCAGACCAAGCGGACUCGAAUCCAGAAGGGAAAUAGCCCACUCUUCAAUGAGACUCUUUUCUUCAAUGUAUUUGACUCUCCCUCGGAGCUGUUUGAUGAGCCCAUCUUUAUCACGGUGGUGGACUCACGCUCCCUCAGGACCGAUGCCCUCCUCGGCGAGUUCCGGAUGGAUGUGGGCACCGUGUACAGAGAGCCCCGACACGCUUAUCUCCGGAAGUGGCUGCUGCUCUCAGACCCUGAUGACUUCUCUGCAGGGGCCAGGGGCUACCUCAAAGCCAGCCUGUGUGUGCUAGGGCCUGGGGACGAGGCUCCCCUGGACAAGAAAGACCCUUCUGAAGACAAGGAGGACAUCGAGGGUAACCUGCUUAGGCCCACCGGCGUGGCCCUUCGUGGAGCCCACUUCUGCCUGAAGCUCUUCCGGGCUGAGGACCUACCACAGAUGGACGACGCUGUGAUGGACAACGUCAAGCAGAUCUUUGGCUUCGACAGCAACAAGAAGAACUUGGUGGACCCCUUUGUGGAAGUCAGCUUCGCUGGGAAAAUGCUCUGCAGCAAGAUCCUGGAAAAGACGGCAAACCCUCAGUGGAACCAGAGUAUCACACUGCCUGCAAUGUUUCCCUCUAUGUGUGAAAAAAUGAGGAUUCGUGUCAUGGACUGGGACCGCCUCACUCACAAUGACACUGUGGCCACCACUUACUUGGGCAUGUCGAAAAUCUCUGCCACUGGAGGAGAAAUAGAAGAGGAGCCCGCAGGUGUGCUCAAGCGCCCGCAAGCCUCUGACCUGGAUGACAACCUGGGCUUCCUCCCCACUUUUGGGCCCUGCUAUGUGAACCUCUACGGCAGUCCCCGGGAGUUUACAGGCUUCCCCGAUCCUUAUGCAGAGCUCAACACAGGAAAGGGAGAGGGUGUGGCUUAUCGGGGCAGGCUUCUGUUGUCCCUGGAGACCAGACUGGUGGAGCACAGUGAGCAGAAGGUGGAAGACCUUCCUGCUGAUGAUAUCCUGCGGGUGGAGAAGUACCUUCGGAGGCGCAAAUACUCCCUCUUUGCUGCCUUCUACUCAGCCACAAUGCUGCAGGAUGUGGACGAUGCUAUUCAGUUCGAAGUGAGCAUCGGGAACUACGGGAACAAAUUUGACACCACCUGCCUGCCGCUGGCCUCCACCACCCAGUACAGCCGGGCAGUCUUUGAUGGGUGCCACUACUAUUACUUGCCUUGGGGCAAUGUGAAGCCCGUGGUGGUACUGUCCUCAUACUGGGAAGACAUCAGCCAUCGGAUCGAGACUCAAAACCAGCUCCUCAGGAUCGCUGACCGGCUGGAAGCUAGCCUGGAGCAGGUCCACCUGGCUCUGAAGGCACAGUGCUCCUCCGAGGACAUGGACGCCCUGGUGGCUCAGCUGACAGAGGAGCUCCUUGCGGACUGCAGCCAGCCCCUGUGUGACAUCCAUGAAAUACCUUCUGCCACCCACCUUGAUCAGUACCUGUUCCGGCUGCGCACCCGUCACCUGAGCCAGAUCAAAGAAGCUGCUCUGGCCUUGAAGCUUGGUCACAGUGACCUCCCCACCACCUUGGAGCAGGCUGAGGACUGGCUUCUGCAUCUCCGUGCCCUGGCUGAGGAGCCCCAGAACAGCCUGCCAGAUAUCAUCAUCUGGCUGCUGCAAGGUGACAAGCGUGUGGCCUACCAGCGGGUGCCGGCUCAUGAAGUUCUCUUCUCCCGGCGGGGCCCCAGCUACUGUGGCAGGAACUGUGGGAAGCUGCAGACCAUCUUUCUGAAAUAUCCUAUGGAAAGUGUGCCUGGGGCCCGGAUGCCGGUGCAGAUCCGGGUCAAGCUCUGGUUCGGGCUCUCUGUGGAUGAGAAAGAAUUCAAUCAGUUUGCCGAGGGGAAGCUCUCUGUCUUUGCCGAAACGUAUGAGAACCAGACAAAGCUGGCGCUGGUUGGGAACUGGGGCACCACAGGCCUCACCUACCCCAAGUUUUCUGACGUCACAGGCAAGAUCAAACUGCCAAAGGAUAGCUUCCGCCCCUCAGCCGGCUGGGCCUGGGCAGGAGACUGGUUCGUGUGUCCAGAGAAGACCCUGCUCCACGGUGCUGAUGCUGGUCAUCUGAGCUUUGUGGAGGAGGUGUUUGAGAACCAGACCCGGCUCCCCGGAGGCCAGUGGAUUUACAUGAGUGACAACUACACGGACGUGAAUGGGGAGAAGGUGCUUCCGAAGGAUGAAAUUGAAUGCCCGCUGGGCUGGAAGUGGGAAGAUGAGGAGUGGUCCACAGACCUCAAUCGGGCUGUUGACGAGCAAGGCUGGGAGUACGGUAUCACCAUACCCCCGGACCGAAAGCCAAGGCACUGGGUCCCAGCUGAGAAGAUGUAUUACACUCACAGGCGUCGACGCUGGGUCCGACUGCGCAGGAGGGACCUCAGCCAGUUGGAGGCACUGAAGAGGCACCGGCAGGCGGAGGCUGAGGGCGAGGGCUGGGAGUAUGCCUCUCUCUUUGGCUGGAAGUUCCACCUGGAGUACCGCAAGACGGACGCUUUCCGCCGCCGCCGCUGGCGCCGCAGAAUGGAGCCACUGGAGAAGACGGGGCCUGCAGCUGUGUUUGCCCUCGAGGGGGCCCUGGGUGGCAUGGUGGACGACAAGAGUGAAGAUUCCAUGUCUGUUUCUACCCUGAGCUUUGGUGUUAACAGACCCACAAUCUCCUGCAUCUUUGACUUCAGCCAGGUCCUCUUCAGGGAGCUCCGGCCCUUAGCAACCCUAUUCACCACGUUGUCAUCUCUCUUCCUCCUGAGUGAAGACGGGAACCGAUACCAUCUACGUUGCUACCUGUACCAGGCCCGAGACCUGCCAGCCAUGGACAAGGACUCCUUCUCUGAUCCCUACGCCAUCGUCUCCUUCCUGCAUCAAAGCCAGAAGACAGUGGUAGAGAAGAAUACCCUGAACCCCACCUGGGAUCAAACCCUCAUAUUCUAUGAGAUCGAGAUCUUUGGUGAGCUAGCCAGCAUCGCCGAGCAGCCACCCAGCAUUGUGGUGGAGCUGUAUGACCACGACACCUACGGUGCUGAUGAGUUCAUGGGGCGCUGCAUCUGUCAGCCAAGCCUGGAACGGAUGCCCCGCCUGGCCUGGUUCCCCUUGACCAGGGGCAGUCAGCCUGCUGGUGAGCUUCUGGCAGCGUUUGAGCUGAUCCAGAGAGAGAAGCCAGCCAUCCAUCAUAUUCCUGGCUUUGAGGUGCAAGAGACUUCAAGGACGCUGGAUGAGCUGUGUACCCCUGCCUUCUACCUGCAAGGCCUCCUCCAGACGACGGAGGACACAGACUUGCCUUACCCGCCACCCCAGAGAGAGGCCAACAUCUACAUGGUUCCCCAGAACAUCAAGCCCGCUCUCCAGCGGACAGCCAUUGAGAUCCUGGCUUGGGGCCUUCGGAACAUGAAGAGCUAUCAGAUGGCCAGCAUCUCUUCCCCUAGUCUCGUGGUUGAGUGUGGUGGCCAGACAGUGCAGUCCUGUGUCAUCAGAAACCUUCGGAAGAACCCCAACUUUGAUGUCUGCACCCUGUUCAUGGAAGUGAUGCUCCCCCGAGAGGACCUCUACUGUCCUCCUAUUGUGGUCAAGGUCAUUGACAAUCGCCAGUUUGGCCGCCGCCCAGUUGUGGGCCAGUGCACUAUUCGCUCCCUGGAGAACUUCCUGUGUGACCCGUACUCAGCAGAGAGCCCGUCUCCACAAGGUGGCCCAGACGAUGUUAGCUUGCUGAGCCCUGGAGAAGACGUGCUCAUUGACAUCGACGACAAGGAGCCUCUCAUCCCUGUCCAGCUUGCAGAUGUGCUGUCAAGCUUGGCCCCCACUAACCUGGUGCCUUCUCCAUCCAGUCCUCAUGAGGAGGAGUUCAUUGACUGGUGGAGCAAAUUCUUUGCCUCUAUUGGGGAGAGGGAAAAGUGUGGUUCCUACCUGGAGAAGGAUUUUGACACCCUGAAGGUCUAUGAUACACAGUUGGAGAAUGUGGAGGCUUUUGGGGGCCUGUCUGACUUUUGCAACACCUUCAAGCUCUACCGGGGCAAGACUCAGGAGGAGACAGAAGACCCGUCUGUCAUUGGAGAAUUUAAGGGUCUCUUCAAAAUUUAUCCCCUCCCGGAAGACCCAGCCAUCCCCAUGCCCCCGAGACAGUUCCACCAGCUGGCCGCCCAGGGACCUCAGGAAUGCCUGGUCCGCAUUUACAUCGUCCGAGCAUUUGGCUUACAGCCCAAGGACCCCAAUGGCAAGUGCGACCCUUACAUCAAGAUCUCCAUAGGGAAGAAAUCAGUGAGUGACCAGGAGAACUACAUCCCUUGUACCCUGGAGCCCGUGUUUGGAAAGAUGUUUGAGCUCACCUGCACCCUGCCUCUGGAGAAGGACCUGAAGAUCACACUCUAUGACUAUGACCUCCUCUCCAAAGAUGAGAAGAUUGGGGAGACAGUCAUCGACCUGGAGAACAGGCUGCUGUCCAAGUUUGGGGCUCGCUGUGGGCUCCCACAGACCUACUGUGUCUCUGGACCAAAUCAGUGGAGAGACCAGCUCCGCCCCUCCCAGCUCCUCCACCUCUUCUGCCAGCAGCACAGACUCAAGGCCCCCGUGUACCGGACAGACCGAGUGAUGUUUCAGGAUAAGGAAUACACCAUUGAGGAGAUAGAGGCUGGCAGACUCCCAAACCCACACCUGGGCCCGGUGGAGGAACGCCUAGCCCUGCAUGUCCUUCAGCAACAAGGCCUGGUCCCUGAGCAUGUGGAGUCACGGCCCCUUUACAGCCCUCUGCAGCCAGAUAUUGAGCAGGGGAAGCUUCAGAUGUGGAUUGACCUAUUUCCAAAGGUUCUGGGCCGGCCUGGACCUCCUUUUAACAUCACCCCACGAAGAGCUAAAAGGUUUUUUCUGCGUUGUAUUAUUUGGAACACAAAAGAUGUGAUCUUGGACGACCUCAGCCUCACAGGGGAGAAGAUGAGCGACAUCUAUGUGAAAGGCUGGAUGGUGGGAUUCGAAGAACACAAGCAGAAGACGGAUGUGCACUACCGCUCCCUGGGCGGCGAGGGGAACUUCAACUGGAGGUUCGUGUUUCCCUUUGACUAUCUGCCCGCCGAGCAGGUCUGUGCUGUUGCCAAGAAGGAUGCCUUCUGGAGACUAGACAAGACAGAGAGCAAGAUUCCAGCACGUGUGGUCUUCCAGAUUUGGGACAAUGACAAGUUUUCCUUUGACGACUUUCUGGGCUCCCUGCAGCUGGAUCUCAACCGCAUGCCCAAGCCCGCCAAGACGGCCGAGAAGUGCUCCUUGGACCAGCUGGAUGACACCUUCCACCCAGAAUGGUUUGUGUCCCUUUUCGAGCAGAAGACGGUGAAAGGGUGGUGGCCUUGCGUGACCGAGGAGGGCGAGAAGAAGGUCCUGGCGGGAAAGCUGGAAAUGACCUUGGAGAUUGUUGCAGAGAGCGAACAUGAGGAACGGCCCGCUGGCCAGGGUCGGGAUGAACCCAACAUGAAUCCGAAGCUAGAGGACCCAAGGCGCCCUGACACCUCUUUCCUGUGGUUCACCUCCCCGUACAAGACCAUGAAGUUCAUCUUGUGGCGACGCUUCCGGUGUGCCAUCAUCCUCUUCAUCAUCCUCUUCAUACUCCUGCUCUUCCUGGGCAUCUUUGUCUACGCCUUCCCGAACUAUGCUGCCAUGAAGCUGGUGAAGCCCUUUAGCUGAAGACAUGUGCUCUGGAGAAAGGGGCCCAGGCUGCGUCCUGGCCCAGAACUGGCUGCUCCCCCAUUCCUUUGGGGUCUGGGGGUCUUGCACAUGUUUACUGAGUUCUUGGGAUCACCCUAUUUUUAUCAUCUCUCUCCCCCAACCCAGCACCCCUUUGGAUGAAGUCUUGGUUAUCUCAGCAUAAAGCAGACAGAAAUCCCA